AUGCCCACAAAGCGCCAAAGAACGGUUCAGGGGUCUUGCUGGCCAUGUAAACAGCGUCGUGUGAAAUGCGAUCUCAGCCAACCGCGGUGUCGCCGCUGUACUCUCUCGGGGGCCAAAUGCAGUUUCGACAAGAUCCUUGUGCGCUGGAAUUCACGGCCCACGAAAGGCGCCCCAAUCUCAUACCAAACGCCGGCCUCACCUCCAAAGCUAAGCCUGUCCAAGCAGGUCUUCGACAGUACGAGACUAGCAUCAGGGGAACUAAAGGCUCUCGACUACUUCCAGGCAGCACUAUGGCCGUUGUUAUCGACAGCAACUCAGCCGUGUCCACCGCCGAUCUCACUCGCGCUAGAAUCUGAGCCUGUACUAUUGGCAAUGUGCGAAUUAGCAGAGGCGCAUCGACUUCUCCGGCAGGAUAAUAGUCCUUUUCAUCAACAAAUUAUAACCGAUAAGCGGUCGAAUUGCCUGGGUUCGGUCCGGAAACAACUACGGGAAUGUCUGUCAAACAACGAGUCACUUUCACGAGUACUGGUCGCCGUCUUGCUAUUAUACUUUCUAGAUGGGUAUAUUGAUUGUACAGAACAGUCGGCGUCGACGACGAGCCACCAGGCUGGAGUACGCGCAAUCGUGGAGCAGCUCGGCGGGUUCAGUGUACUCAUGGACGAGAGUGAGAAGGAGAUUCCACACAUGUUGCUGUCCGAAUUCGCGUCUACAGAUCUGACUCGGGCUUUACUCGAUGCUCGGCCUCCAUGUUUUCCCGCUAGGAUUUGGCUCGAUAUCGAGCGCGGCCCCGUCUGGUGGGAGAAACAGACUUACGGCAUUACCUUGGCAGCCGUAUUUCGCACCAUGGCACAACUAGCAUUCUAUCACCAGUCAAUACAGAAUGGUGACGAGGAUCUUGAUAUUGAAAAGGUCCGAGAUUUUGAACGGUGUCUCCAGCCGUCUUUCCAAAUCUUGAGCUUAAAUCACUUUGAGUGUCCGGAAGAGGAUACUGUCUCCCGGGGCGAACUCGAACGAAUGAACCAGACGAUUGCCUUUACAAGAGCAUUUCAGCAUAGCGCAUUAAUAUAUCUAUAUCGCGCAGUCUGCGGACUACCACCAAGGCACAGCCUGGUACAACAACACGUUAAUUCUUGUAUGGGCUGCAUCAACGAAAUCAGCAGCAGCUCUAAGGCGCACAACUGUCUUAUAUUUCCCGUCUACGUUGUGGGUGCUCAUUCAUUCACUGAAGAUCACCAGAAGGAUAUCCUUGGUAAGAUUGAUUGUAUUUACCGGACUAUUCGAUUUAAUUCUCUGUUGAGUAUUCGUGCCGCUUUGGAAGGACUCUGGCAGUCUGAGAAACAAGAGGGCACAUGGGCGGAUAUGUUUACUUCCUUAGGGAGGGAUGUUUUAGUAUUAUAG